ACUGGAUUCCGGUUGCACCGUUCCGGCACUUCUUUCUCUGGUUUCGUUGUUUCCACCCGGGCUCACUUGGUGGACGGCUCGAACGCCAUCCAACUAUGGAGCCUGUGAGCUCCGGGAACAGGGGCCUUCCUCAGUCUUUGGAACAGCCUGCAGCAUCGGAUAACCGGCUGUUUCUGGUGAAAGGUGGAAUUUUUCUUGGUACAGCUGCUGCUGCAGGAAUGCUGGCUGGUUUUCUUACCACUUUGUCAUUAGCUAAAAAGAAAAGCCCUCAGUGGUUCAAUAAGGGAAUUACUGCCACAGCUGCUUUACCAGAGAGCGGUUCUUCUCUUGCCUUGCGAGCGUUGGGUUGGGGGUCACUUUACGCAUGGUGUGGUGUUGGUGUAAUCAGUUUUGCCAUCUGGAAAGCUUUAGGAGUUCACAGUAUGAAAGACUUUCAGAGUAAAAUGCAAUCAAUAUUUCCAGUGAUUCCCAAGAACCCUGGGUCAUCUGUCGAAUGGGAGGAAGCACUGAAAUCCAAAUGAGAUUAGCAUGAAAGAACGCCAAAGAGAUUGUUAGAGCGAAGUAGCUUGGACAUGCUAAAAUAGCCAUCCUCUUUAAAGGAAAAAGAGAUCAAAUUGAUUUCUAUUCAGAAAAGUGAACAAAUCAUUGGUAGAACAUGGACUCUGUGGCUUUCAGCAUCUUCACUAUAGUCUAUGAAAACUCAAAGUCAUUCUGCAUUUGCUUUAUCUUGGAAUCAAACGGGAUUACAUGUUUUCCAAGAUUUGAGAGUUGUUUCAAAGAACAUUAGUUGUGAGUAAAUAAAUAACUUUCCUUUGUGGAAAAUAUACUAGUAUAGAAAGUUAGAUAUAUUUCUAUAAACUUUAAAAACAAGUCUUUCACUUGAAAAGCCAAAUUGUGUGAUAAAUAUGCUGACAAAAAUAUUUAAAAACCUUUGAUACUUCUCACCACCAGGUUGGGACUAAGCUAAAACUUAAAGAUGGUUCAUUAAAAAAAAUUUAAGACCAUAAAUAAGUUACUUGAGAUCAGGGACUAUUUUUUGUCUUUCUUUUUAUCUCCAGAACUGACAUGUAAUGCCUGACAUGUAGUAGGUGCUUAAUAAAUGCUCAUUGACUAGCAUGGCCAUAGAUAGUAAUGAAAUAAUAGUGACUCAUUCUUUGAAAUUAAAUGAGUUAAUUCCAGGAAGCUCUCAUGUUGUUGUGUGAUUAUCUGGCUGUACCUGGCACAAUAAAAGCCAGUUAAGCUGUUCAACUAUUCACCUCUAGUGCACAUCAUAAUAUUAGAUCAUUUGUUUGAAAUGAUUUUUCCUUUGCUUUGUGCCCUUCGUUCACUCAUUCAGUGCCCUACUUAAAAGCCACUCAAUAUAUUUCUACAUGUCUUUAUGCUUUGAAGAAAAUAAAAAACAACAGAUUAAUAUAAUAUGAGAGUAAUUUGUUGUCUUUGUCAUGCUGUCACUAAUAUGAAGUGUACAUUUAGUAGAUAAUUUGAUACCAGAUUCCUAAACACUUACCUAACCAGUUACCUAAACAUAAUUUUAUCUUAAUCAUCAAAGUGAAAAUAGCACAAUAUUAAAUCCACACAUCUAACAAAUAUUUUUAACCCAAACUCACAUGUUAUUGAGUCUAACAUUCAAUAUUUAGUCUAAUAAUUCUAAUGAAUUUUCUGUGAGUAAAUUUCUAAGUAAUUCAUCAUUAAGAAAACAUUCUCUGUUGCUCUGUGGUGUCUUAUAGAAACUAAUAGAGAACAGUGUCUAAUUGCAAUCACUGUAUUUAUCAGACUUAAAAGUUUUUAAAGAAACAAGAAAAAUAUUUUUUACUAUGUAAAUUUUUCAGAGAAAUAACAUCUGGUUGAAAAUGCAAAUUUGAAGUUUCUUUUAUGAUUGCUUAAGCUUUAAUUAGUCAGCUAUCAGGUCUAAUAAAGUACAUUUGAAAUUUAUUUGUUAAUAUGAAACCUUUUAGUUCUAAUAAAAAAUAAAAAAUUAAAUGUCAAGUGCAUAAUUUAGCAUUUUUGUCUAAACCAUGAUGCCACACUUAAAUUGCUGAAUUGUGAUUAAACAAGUUGUAAUCAGUAUUUGGAUUUCUUAUGCAACUUAUUACAAAAAUCUAAGACUAAAAAGAAAUUGAGAGUAAAAUUUAUAAUACUACAUAUAUAUCAUCUCAAGGUUCAUCUCACUCAUCUUUCAUUUUAAACUAGGUAACAUAAAUGAGAAAAGUUUGGAGAAGACAAAUACAAAGAUCAGAAAAUCAUUUGAAGUGAUAGUUUUUAAAAUAUGCAUCAAGGUUACAAACCCUGAUAGAUGGAUUAGUGUGCCUCUAGGUCUAUAUGACAAAAUGGAGUAAGCAGUACUGGAAGUACCUGUAACCACCUAUAGCUAAAAUUCAAGUUUCUUGUUUUUCUUUGCAUGUAGAUGCAGAUCCACAGAAGGGGUUGGGAGAAGGGAAAAAAGUCAAGGUUUUCUAAGAAAAUAGAGCUGUAAUUCAUAAUUGAUUAAUUAAUUAUUUAAAUGACCGUGGUUUGAAAUAAACUUUUAUACUAUAA